AUGAAACCGAAUUCAACAAUCAUUUACAAGCGGCCAUCAUCCUUUGCGAAGCAGCUUGAAGACCAAUUGGACGAUGAGUGCGAGGACGACCAUGUCGAUCAUCCUAUACCGGACGUCCUCCACAUUCACCGCAAGCCGGGAACAAACAAAAAAGCUCCAUCAUCAUCAUCAUCUGGAGGAAAAGUGAUGAAUAAAGCACGGCCUUCACGACUUGAUCCACCGCUGGAUAAUGCAAUCGUGAUGGCAAGGAACAAUACGCUAAUGGAAGGAGUAGGAGGAGGUAGAGAUGGAUAUGCUGCCGGUGGAGGAGGAACAAGAGAAAGUCUUUGGCGAUCUCGUGCUGGACCGCCAGGACUAGCAGGGCUAGAUGGAAAUGCUAGACCGGGCUGGUUCCCUACAAACGACGGAAGAAGUGGAGCUGAUCAUGCAGUACCACCAGGAAACAAGUGA